AUGGUAGAUGAUUGGGGCUUCAAACUUCAACGCCGCUUCAAGGUCUCAAAUGGCGUGGACUUGGUCGCCUUUGGCAUCGAGUGGAAGGGAAUCCCGAUGACGUCCCAGAUUGAGUCUUGUCAUCUCAUCAUACGUGGAGUUGUCAAGAGUAUUUCAGUCCGCAUACCGCCAGAAGCCAUGCUAUACAAUCCACCGUACAUGCUGCUCAACGAUGAAGAGACCGAUUUCUCCAAAGGCCCAAUACCUUGGACCUGCUCAGGACGAUUCGACGAUCCCGGUCAUCCGGUAGAUUCCGGACUCCCAUACCCUUGCUUACUUCUCAGGACGAGGAUGAUUGAGGAGGCCAAAGGUGGCACGAUUUUCAUGGAUACGUUUCUGAUUCUUUCUCGUGAGAAUGACCCAGCUAAAGUAAAGUCGACUGAGCAUGGGAGCUUUCGACGCAUCGGAAUCGCAUCAUUCAGAGGCAAGGACAGAAUCUUCGUGGACAAUUCCGACAGAAAAACAGUAUUCCUCAUCUAG